AUGUCCUCCAACGGCUUCACUCCCUACACUGUCCCGUACACUGGCGUCGUGGGCACUGUCAACUUCGUUCCAGGCGCCGCCGCGCACCCUCCCGCGCCCCAGGACAAGGAUGGCCAGGGAGGUUUCCAGCGGCCUGCUGUCGCUGAUGAGCCCGUCGCUGCUGACACCAGUCGUAGCAAGGGUAAGUCGAUGACUAUGGGUGCGACUGGCGGUCCUCCCGAGGACGUCAUUCCUGCCCGGUUCGCGUCAGCGGGAGCUGCCGCUGCCAGCGGUGGCAUCGCCAUUGUCCCAGGCGGCUCUCGUGCUGGCACUAUGCCGUCCUCUUCGGAGAUCUGCGCCGCCAGCGUCAAUGGUCAGAUCAGUGUUCAGAAGAAAGAGGAGCUCAAGGGCUUCAACUUGAACAAGAACCACUCGCCUUUUGGCAUUGAUGGCCAGUGCGAUUACGGUGGCGAACCGUCGUCGCCUACCUUGAUGACAAUGAGUGCGCAACGCCGUGCUGACCGAGCCUUGCCCGUACUUGCGCAGCAGCUGGAGGCCGUGAAGGCCGAGAACCAGCGACUUCGAGACUCUAAUCACUGCCUGCAAUCUAGCAUGUCUGGAACUGAGACGUUGCGUCAACUUCUUCUCAGUCUUCAGAACAACAAUCAACAGCUCCAGACCCAAAUCCAGAGUCUGUAUAUGCAGAUGCAGAGUAUUCAACAGCAGGCUCAGAAUUUCGCUCGACACCGUGACAACCUCCAGGCUCGGCUCCACAAUGCCGAUCUCAGCCUCGAGGAGCUCACUGACCUCAUCGUUCGCCUCCAGAGCGUCGUCCGUCGCAUUGAUCCUGACAUAUUUGUCACGUUUCCCGUGGAGGUCCAAGAGACGUUGACGGCUAUCCACGAGGAAUGGAAGUACCAAGAGUACUGCAAGAUCUUCCAACCUCAGCAGGGCAACAACUCUUCUGGCGACGUCAGCAUUCCACAGCCCCAGGAUGCUGACCAGUCCCAGUCUAUCAGCUCCAUCAGUGGUUCUUCGCAUGCCAAUGUCUCUUCUACCGAUUCGGGAGAGAUCUCUUCCAACAAUCAUGGCCAUGGUGCUUUGGAAACCGGCACCGUCUCUGCCGCCCAUUCCAACAGCGACUCUGCCAAUGUAUCGGACAAUACCUCUAACGACAUCUCCAACAAUGACCUCCUUAGUCAGUUGUUCGAGGGUCUCACCCUCGGUGGUCUCAACAUCAUGAGCUCUAACCAAACUUCUAAGGGCGCUCAAGCUACCGAGAACAUGCUUGAGCUCUACGCCUCCUCGACCCCGUCGAGCAUUGGAACUCCCAGAACUGUCUACUCUCCCAGUAUUCCCGAGACUGCUCAACACACUCAAGCUACUCGAGUCUCUCAGAUCUCUCAGUCUGCUCAGGCUGCUCGCAGUGUCCCGGGUGCUGAGUCUCCGGAGACCACUCAGGACAUGCCGACCCCCAACACAGUCGACUCUCACGGCACGCGCGACACUCUCGAGCACUAA